AAAGAAAGGUAAGUAAGACCGGGAUUGGAACAAGUAUAAAAGAGGACAAAGCGCCUUUGGCUUACUUAUCAAAUCAAAAUAUCGAUUAAGCGGAUCCUCUUCAAAACCCUUGCUUGAUUCUUCUCCUAUCUCUUCCUCAUCCUCAUCGAUCGCCAUCCACGUUCUGUUUGAUUCAGGAGAUGCCCCACUGUCUCUAAUCACGAAGCAGCAGGAUGCCUUCCCAAGUCCAGCCUCCCAAGAUCAAAUCGUUCAUCAAUAGCGUCACUGCUGUUCCCCUCGACCAAAUUCAAGAACCCCUUUCCUGUUUUCACUGGGAUUUCGACGACAAGGGUGACUUCCAUCACUGGGUGGAUCUCUUCAAUCAUUUCGACACAUAUUUUGAGAAGCACAUUAAAGCUAGGAAGGAUCUUCAUGUUGAGCAACAAGACUCUGAGGACGAAUCUACUCCUCCUCUCCCAAAGGAUGCUCUUCUUCAGAUUCUCCGUGUUAUCCGAGUUGUGUUAGAUAACUGCACAAACAUUCAUUUUUUUACUUCUUAUGAGCAGCAUCUUUCUCUCCUGCUUGCAUCUACUGAUACAGAUGUCGUUGAAGCCUGUCUGCAGACGUUGGCUUCCUUUUUCAAGAGGCAAAAUGAUAUUUACUUCAUAAGAGAUGCUUCUCUUAAUUCAAAACUAUUUUCUCUUGCCCAAGGCUGGGGUGGCAAAGAGGAAGGUCUUGGCUUGACAUCAUGUGCUACUACAGAAAACACUUGUGAUCUGGUUUCUCACCUCCUUGGUUCUACUCUUCAUUUUGAGUUUUAUGCUUCUGGUGAAUCAUCAACUGAGCUUCCGGGCGGUUUACAAGUUAUCCAUCUACCUGAUGUCAGCUUGCGUGCAGAGUCUGAUCUGGAACUUCUCAACAAAUUAGUCACUGACCAUAACGUUCCUCCCAGUUUAAGGUUCGUGUUGUUGACCAGGUUGAGAUUUGCAAGGGCGUUUUCAUCUUUGUCGACCCGGCUGCAGUACACACGCAUUCGCUUAUAUGCAUUCAUUCUUUUGGUUCAAGCUAGUGGCGACACCCAGAAAGUGGUUUCUUUCUUUAAUGGAGAACCCGAGUUUGUAAAUGAGUUAGUUACACUGCUGAGCUAUGAGACUACUGUCCCAGAGAAAAUAAGGCUACUGUGCCUGCUUUCCUUGGUUGCAUUAUCGCAAGAUCGAACUCGGCAGACGACUGUGUUAACUGCAGUCACGUCUCGUGGUUUACUAUCUGGCCUUAUGCAGAAAGCUAUUGAUUCCGUUCUUUGUAAUACUUCCAAGUCGUCUCUGGCUUUUGCGGAAGCCUUGUUAUCCCUUGUUACUGUCUUGGUCUCAUCAUCGUCUGGAUGUUCAGCCAUGCAAGAAGCUGGUCUUAUUCCAAUUCUAGUGCCUCUCAUCAAAGAUACCGAUCCCCAGCACUUGCAUUUGGUCAGUACCGCUGUGCAUAUAUUAGAAGCCUUCAUGGAUUACAGCAAUCCAGCUGCUGCUUUGUUCAGAGAUUUGGGUGGCUUAGAUGAUACUAUCUUUCGGUUGAAACUGGAAGUCUCUCGUACCGAAGACAAUGUCAACGAAAAAGUUUGCGGUUCAGACAGUAAUGGGAGGGCUUCACAUGUCCUUGGUGAUUCUCUUAAUCGGCCUGAUACUGAACAGCUUCCCUAUUCUGAGGCAUUAAUUUCGUAUUACAGGAGAUUGUUGUUAAAAGCCUUGUUAUCUGCAAUCUCUCUUGGAACUUAUUCUCCUGGUAAUACUAACCUCUAUGGUUCCGAGGAGAGCUUGCUGCCUGAAUGCUUAUGCAUUAUCUUCCGGAGAGCAAAAUAUUUCGGGGGUGGAGUAUUCUCGCUUGCUACCACUGUCAUGAGUGAUCUCAUUCAUAAAGAUCCAACUUGUUUUAAUACUUUAGACUCGUCUGGUGUAACUUCUGCCUUUCUUGAUGCUAUCUCUGAUGAGGUCAUCUGCUCUGCGCAAGCCAUUACAUGCAUCCCGCAGUCUCUGGAUGCUCUGUGUCUCAACAAUAGCGGUCUUCAAGCUGUCAAGGACCGAAAUGCACUAAGGUGUUUUGUUAAUAUAUUUACUUCUUCGUCUUAUCUGCGAGCUCUUACUGGUGAUACACCUAGUGCUUUGUCAAGUGGGCUUGAUGAACUCCUAAGACACCAAUCUUCGUUGCGCACUUAUGGAGUUGAUAUGUUCAUUGAAAUCCUGAACUCCAUGUUGAUUAUUGGAUCUGGGAUGGAGGCCUCCACUUCUGUGUCAGCAGAUGUGCCUACUGAUGCUGCUACCGCUCCUAUGGAAAUUGACGCUGAUGAGAAGAGCUUGGCCAUUUCGGAUGAGGCGGAACCAUCUUCUGCUGCUUCUCCAGCAAAUACAGAGUUGUUUCUUCCAGAUUGUGUGUGUAAUGUUGCUCGUCUCUUUGAAAUAGUUCUUCAGAAUGCAGAAGUAUGUUCUCUAUUUGUUGAGAAGAAAGGAAUUGAUGUUGUCUUGCAGCUACUCUCUUUACCCGUUAUGCCUCUGUCAACCUCCUUUGGUCAAAACUUUUCUGUCGCUUUUAAGAACUUCUCCCCUCAGCAUUCGGCUAGUCUAUCUCGUACAGUGUGCUCCUACUUACGAGAACGUCUGAAGGGAACAAAUGAGCUUUUGGGUGCCAUUAAAGGCACUCAGCUUCUUAAACUAGAGUCUGCAGUCCAGAUGACGAUUUUGAGAUCCCUUUUCUGCCUAGAAGGCAUGUUGUCCCUCUCAAACUUUCUGUUGAAAGGAACAUCUUCAGUUAUCGCGGAAUUAAGUGCUGCUGAUGCUGAUGUACUAAAAGAACUUGGUCUAACAUACAAGCAAAUAAUUUGGCAGAUGGCUUUGUCUAGUGAGACCAAGGAAGAUGAGAAAAAGAGUGUUGAUGGAGGACCUGAUAAUUCAAUUUUAGCCUCAUCUAGUACUGUUGAAAGAGAGAGUGAAGAGGACUCAAGAAAUGCUUCAGCAGUUAGAUACACAAACCAUGUAUCCAUUAGAAGAAGUACCUCUCAAUCUAUUUGGCGUGGUGGUCGUGAUCUGUCUGUUAUGCGUUCCAUCGAGAGUAUGCAUGGUCGUACACGACAAGCGAUUUCCCGAACGAGGGGUGGGAGAACUCGUCGACACCUGGAGGCUUUUAAUUUUGAUUCUGAAAUUCCACCUGAUUUACCAGGUACAUCAUCUUCCCAUGAGCUGAAAAAGAAAAGCACUGAAGUCCUGACUGUUGAAAUUUUAGACAAGUUGAAUUGUACUCUGCGUCUUUUUUUCACUGCCCUUGUGAAAGGAGGAUUCACCUCUGCGAAUCGUCGCAGAAUUGAUGGAGCACCACUGAGUUCCGCAUCUAAGAAGACGCUUGGUAAUGCCAUAGCUAAAGUAUUUCUUGAAGCUCUUAACUUCGAUGGGAAUGGUGUUACUGCUGAGCAUGAUAUAUUUCUGUCCGUAAAGUGCCGAUACCUUGGAAAAGUGGUAGAUGACAUGGCUUCCCUGACAUUUGAUACUCGAAGAAGGGUCUGUUUCACAGCUAUGAUUAAUAGUUUUUAUGUCCAUGGAACAUUUAAGCAACUUCUCACCACAUUUGAAGCGACAAGCCAGUUGCUUUGGACAGUGCCGUUUUCUGUUACUGCAUCUGAUACUGAGAAUGAGAAGCCAGGUGAAAGGAACAUAUGGUCUCGCAAGACGUGGCUGGUGGAUACUCUGCAAAUCUAUUGCCGAGCACUGGACUAUUUUGUUAACUCUACAUUUCUGUUAUCUCCAGCCUCCACUUCUCAAACGCAGCUUCUUGUCCAGCAAGAGCAAGCUUCAAUUGGUUUGUCGAUCGAACUCCAUCCUGUACCAAGGGAACCUGAAACUUUCGUGCGAAAUCUGCAGUCUCAGGUUCUGGAUGUCAUACUACCUAUAUGGAACCACCCUAUGUUUCCUGAUUGCAAUCCUAAUUUUGUGGCUUCGGUUACCUCCCUUGUUACGCAUAUAUACUCUGGUGUUGUGGAUGCUACGCAAAAUCAAGCCCGGGGUACAAACCAAAGAGCCUUGCCUCUACAGCCUGACGAAACCAUUGUUGGUAUGAUUGUUGAAAUGGGAUUUUCAAGGUCAAGGGCAGAAUACGCGUUACGAAGAGUUGGAACAAACAGUGUUGAAAUAGCUAUUGAGUGGUUGUUUGCCAAUCCUGAGCAUACUGUGCAGGAAGAUGACGAGCUGGCCCAAGCACUUGCACUAUCUCUUGGCAAUGCAUCCAAAACUCCAAAACCUGUAGAUGUCCCUCUGGAAGAAGCGGAUCCAAAAGAACCAUCUGUUGAUGAAGUUAUUACUGCAUCGGUGAAGUUAUUUGAAAGUGAUGAUUCUAUGGCUUUCCCAUUGAUGGAUUUGUUUGUAACACUUUGUAGCCGAAACAAAGGGGAAGAUCGGCCGAAAAUUGUGUCGUUUCUUAUACAGCAACUGAAGCUAGUACAAGUUGAUUUCUCCAAGGAUACUGGUGCUUUGACUAUGCUACCACACAUUCUAGCAUUAGUUCUCUCAGAGGAUGACAACACACGAGAAAUUGCUGCACAGGAUGGAAUUGUGACCGUAGCAAUUGAUAUCUUGACGAAUUUCAAGCUUAAGAGUGAAUCUGAAAGUCAGAUUCUGGCUCCAAAAUGCAUUAGCGCUUUACUUCUUAUCUUGAGCAUGAUGCUGCAGGCUCGGACAAGAAUCUCGUCUGAAUUUUUGGAAGGAAAUCAUGGUGGAUCUUUGGAGCCGAGUGAUUAUCCGCAAGACUCAGCAGCAGCGUUAAAGAAAGUGUUAUCUUCAGAUGUUGCUAAAGAGGAGUCGAAACCGGAUUUGGAAUCAGUUUUUGGAAAAUCUACAGGCUAUCUGACCAUGGAAGAGGGUCAAAAAGCUCUACUAAUCGCAUGUGGCCUCGUAAAGCAGUGUGUUCCAGAAAUGAUCAUGCAGGCUGUUCUUCAGUUAUGUGCACGUCUAACUAAAACUCAUGCUUUAGCUAUCCAGUUUCUGGAAAAUGGAGCCUUAUCCUCACUUUUUAAUCUUCCCAAAAAAUGUUUCUUCCCUGGGUAUGAUACUGUUGCAUCUGUUAUUGUACGUCAUCUGGUUGAAGAUCCACAGACUCUCCAAAUUGCUAUGGAAUCAGAAAUACGACAGACCUUGAGUGGAAAGAGACAUGUAGGUAGGGUAUUACCUCAGACAUUUCUGACAACAAUGGCACCUGUAAUUUCGAGAGAUCCUGUGGUUUUCAUGAAAGCCGUGGCUUCUACUUGUCAGCUGGAGUCAUCAGGAGGGAGGGACUUUGUGAUUCCGUCGAAGGAAAAAGAAAAGCCAAAAGUUUCCAGCAGUGAGCAGGGAUUGCCUCUGAAUGAACCCCUUCGAAUAUCCGAAAAUAAGCUUCAUGAUGGGUCAGGGAAAUGUUCGAAAAGCCACAGACGAGUCCCUGCUAAUUUCAUCCAAGUUAUCGAUCAGCUUAUUGAUAUUGUCUUAAGUUUUCCUAGGGUGAAGAGGCAGGAAGAUGAUGAAACCAAUUUAAUUGCAAUGGAAGUUGAUGUGCCGGCAACUAAAGUGAAGGGUAAGUCAAAAGUUGGUGAUCCAGAGGAAGCAGAAUUUGGAUCUGAAGAAUUGGCCAGGGUAACAUUUAUUUUGAAAUUGUUGAGUGAUAUUGUUAUCAUGUACUUGCACGGUACCAGUGUCAUACUGAGGCGGGAUACAGAAAUAUCUCAGCUUCGGGGAUCCAAUCUACCCGAUAAUUCACCUGGCAAUGGAGGGUUAAUUUACCAUAUCAUUCACCGAUUACUUCCUAUAUCGCUCAAAAAUUCUGUUGGAUCUGAAGUUUGGAAAGAGAAGUUGUCUGAAAAAGCUUCCUGGUUUCUGGUCGUUUUUUGCAGCCGUUCCAGUGAGGGACGUAGAAGAAUAAUCAGUGAGCUUUCGAGUGUUUUAUCUGUAUUGGCUUCCUUGGGAAAGAGUUCUUCUAGUAAAAGUGUUCUGUUACCUGAUAAAAGAGUUCUUGCUUUUGCUGGCCUGGUUUAUUCGAUAUUAACAAAGAAUUCAUCUUCCAGCAACUUACCUGGUUGUGGUUGCUCACCUGACGUUGCAAAGAGCAUGAUAGAUGGGGGAAUUAUUAAGUGUCUGACCAGCAUUCUUCACGUAAUUGACCUCGACCACCCUGAUGCUCCAAAGCUUGUCACUCUUAUUCUCAAGUCUCUUGAGACACUGACGAGUGCUGCAAAUACUGCUGAGCAGCUAAAAUCAGCAGGGUCAAACGAGACGAAGGGCACAGAUUCUAAUGAGAGACAUGACAGUCGUGGAACUUCAACUGAGGCUGAAGUUGAUGAGUCAAACCGAAACAAUAGCAGUCUACAACAAGUAACUGAUGCCGCAGAGAAUGGACAGGAGCACCCUCAAAUUUCCUCUCAAAGCGAAGGUGGAAGGGGUUCGAGUCAAACCCAGGCUAUGCCUCAAGAGAUGAGGAUAGAAGGCGAGGAGACAAUACUGCCUGAACCUAUUCAGAUGGAUUUCAUGGGAGAAGAAGAUGACCAAAUUGAAAUGAAUUUUCAUGUUGAAAAUAGGGCCGGAGAUGAUGGAGAUGAUGCCAUGGGAGACGAAGAGGAUGAUGAUGAGGAAGGAUUUGAUGACAUCGGACCCGAACUGGAGGAUGAUGAGGAUGCAGAUUUAGUGGCAGACGGAGCUCGGAGUGUUAUGUCUCUUUCUGGAACUGAUGCCGAAGACCCUGAAGAUACUGGCCUCGGAGAUGAAUAUAAUGAUGACAUGAUUGACGAAGAUGAGGAUGAUAUCCACGAGAAUCGUGUAAUAGAGGUGCAGUGGAGGGAAGCUCUUGAUGGGCUGGAUCAUUUUCAGAUUCUUGGGCGAUCUGGUGGUGGAAAUGAAUUUAUUGAUGACUUUGAAGGAAUGAAUAUGGGCGAUCUGGUUACUCUGCAGAGACCCGGCUUUGAUCGUAGACGUCAAGCAGACAUAAAUUCUUUCCAUCGAUCUGGUUCCCAAGUACAUGGCUUUCAGCAUCCGCUCUUCUCGAGACCUUUGCGAACUGGCAAUACGGCCUCAGUUUCAGCAAGUGCUGGCAGGAAUGAUAUAUCACAGUUUUACAUGUUUGAUAUGCCGGUUAUACCAUUUGAUCAAGUACCAAGUAAUCCUUUCAGUGAUCGCUUAGGAGGUAGUGGGGCACCUCCUCCUUUGACUGAUUAUUCUGUGGUGGAUAUGGAUUCAUCAAGAAGAGGGGUUGGUAAUAGUCGGUGGACUGAUAUAGGUCACCCUCAACCAAGUAGUCAAUCUGCGUCGAUUGCCCAACUGAUAGAAGAACAUUUUAUUUCCAACCUUCGUGCUUCUGCGCUAGCAGAUAGUGUUGUCGAAAGGGAAACUAAUAGCACGGAAGUCCAAGAGCAGCAGCAUCCAUCUGUUGGAAGCGAAAGCGUUUUGGGGGAUGGUAACGACGGUGGUCAACAAAGUGAAGCGCAUGAAAUGUUGAAUAAUAAUGACAAUGUUGAUAACCCACCUGAUGUAACGGCUGGAAUUUUCUCCCAAGCUCGAGCAAAUCUAGCUUCCCCUGUACUUCUGCAGCCUCUUCCUAUGAACAGUACACCAAAUGAGAUUGACAGAAUGGAAGUUGGGGAAGGUGAUGGAGUACCUAUUGAGCAAGCAGAUGUCGUAGCUGUGGAUCUUGUCUCCACUGCCCAGGGCCAACCUGAUACGUCCAGUAGUCAAAAUGUCUCUGGUAUGGGGACGCCAAUUCCAGUAGAUGAUCCCAUUUCCAAUUGUCAACCAAGUGGGGAUGUACAUAUGAGUAGUGAUGGUGCAGAGGGAAAUCAAAGUGUGGAACCUUCACUAUUAUCCCGUGAUAACAAUGAGCUCUCAUCCAGGGAAGCUACCCAAGAUGCGAGUAAUGAUGAGCAACUUGCUGAAGGUAGCUUGGAGUUGGACGGUAGGGCACCCGAAGCGAAUUCCAUCGAUCCUACAUUUUUAGAGGCGCUCCCUGAAGAAUUACGGGCAGAAGUUCUUGCUUCUCAGCAAGCUCAGUCCGUUCAGCCCCCAACUUAUGAACCACCUUCGGUAGAAGACAUAGAUCCUGAAUUUUUGGCAGCGCUUCCCCCAGAUAUCCAAACAGAAGUUCUUGCUCAACAAAGGGUACAAAGGAUGGCACAUCAGUCACAAGGACAGCCAACUGACAUGGAUAAUGCUUCAAUUAUUGCUACCCUACCUGCCGAUUUACGUGAAGAGGUUCUCUUAACUUCUUCAGAGGCAGUUUUGGCAGCGUUGCCUUCACCUUUACUUGCAGAAGCGCAGAUGCUCAGAGACCGAGCAAUGAGUCACUAUCAGGCUCGUAGCCAUAGUAAUCGAAGGAAUGGUUUGGGUUACAAUAGGCUGACGGGGAUGAACAGGAACGUCGGAGUCACUAUUGGUCAGAGGGAUGUUUCAUCUUUUGCAGAUGGCUUGAAAGUAAAAGAGAUGGAAGGAGACCGUCUUGUGGAUGUCGAGGCCUUGAAAUCACUAAUUAGGCUACUACGACUUGCACAGCCGUUGGGGAAAGGCCUUCUGCAUAGGCUUCUCUUCAAUCUGUGUGCUCACCGUGUUACAAGAGCCAACUUGGUUCAACUUCUGUUGGAUUUGAUUAGGCCAGAGAUGGAAACAUCACCGAGCGAGUUGGCAAUAAGUAAUCAGCAAAGACUCUAUGGCUGUCAGUCAAAUGUUAUUUAUGGACGAUCCCAGCUGUUGAAUGGUCUUCCUCCUCUAGUGUUCCGUCGGGUGCUAGAGGUUCUGACGUAUUUGGCUACGAAUCAUUCGGCUGUUGCUGACAUGUUGUUCUACUUUGAUUCGUCACUUGUGUCCCAAUUGUCAAAGCCAAAACCCUCUGUAUGUGAAGGCAAGGGUAAGGAGACUGUUACUCAUGUGACAGACUCCCGGAAUCUGGAGAUACCUCUCGUUGUCUUCCUAAAGCUGCUUAAUCGGCCUCAGCUUUUGCAAAGUACAUCCCAUCUAGCACUGGUCAUUGGUUUACUGCAAGAAGUUGUCUACACCGCAGCAUCCCGAAUUGAGGGUUGGUCUCCGUUAUCAAGUUUAUCUGAGAAAUCAGAAGAGAAACCGGUUGGUGAAGAAGCUUCAAGUGAAACACGAAAAGAUGCGAAGUCUGAGCAAGUGGAUGAAGCUGAUAAGCAAUCUGUUGCAAGAGUAAAGAAUUGUGCUGAUAUAUAUAACAUAUUCUUGCAGUUGCCACAGUCCGAUCUCUGCAAUCUUUGCCUACUUCUUGGAUAUGAAGGGUUAUCGGAUAAAAUUUACCUUUUAGCAGGAAAGGUGAUAAAAAAGCUGGCUGCCGUAGAUGUGGCUCAUCGGAGGUUUUUCGCAAAAGAACUCUCACAGUUGGCAAGCGGGUUGAGUGCCUCAACUGUCCGCGAGCUGGCAACACUGAGCAAUACAGAGAAGAUGAGUCACAGUACAGGUUCCAUGGCAGGUGCUUCACUUCUCCGUGUUCUACAGGUUCUUAGCUCACUAACUUCCACUAUUGAUGAUGGCAAUCCUGGAACCGAAAAGGAAACAGAACAGGAGGAACAAAACAUUAUGGAGAGACUAAACAUGGCAUUAGAGCCCCUUUGGCAGGAACUUAGCCAGUGUAUCAGCAUGACUGAGGUGCAGCUGGAUCAUACUUCAGCCACAACAACCGUGUCCAGUGUAAACCCCGGUGAUCAUGCCCUAGGGGUCACUGCUCCGUCCCCUAUUUCUCCGGGAACUCAGAGGUUCCUACCUCUUAUUGAGGCUUUCUUUGUUCUGUGUGAGAAAAUUCAAACUCCGUCAAUACUACAUCAGGAUCAGGCGAAUGUGACAGCUGGAGAAGUAAAGGAGUCUGCUCUUAGUUUAUCAUCUAAGACCAGUGUAGAUUCUCAGAAGAAAAUUGAUGGCUCCCUUACAUUUGCAAAGUUUGCGGAGAAGCAUAAGCGACUUUUGAAUUCAUUUGUUAGGAAAAACCCAAGUUUACUGGAGAAGUCCCUUUCAAUGAUGCUCAAGGCACCAAGGCUGAUUGAUUUUGACAACAAGAAAGCUUACUUCAGGUCAAGGAUAAAGCACCAGCAUGAUCAACACAUUUCUGGUCCAUUGCGUAUCAGUGUCCGCCGAGCUUAUAUGUUGGAAGAUUCAUACAACCAGUUACGUAUGCGCUCCCUACAGGAUCUGAGAGGACGUCUGAAUGUGCAGUUUCAAGGUGAAGAAGGUGUUGAUGCUGGUGGUCUUACAAGAGAAUGGUAUCAGUUAGUGUCAAGAGUUAUAUUUGACAAAGGAGCGUUGCUUUUCACUACCGUUGGAAAUGAUGCCACCUUCCAGCCGAAUCCCAACUCUGUUUACCAAAAUGAGCAUCUGUCAUACUUCAAAUUUGUUGGUCGCAUGGUGGCAAAGGCGUUGUUUGAUGGGCAGCUUUUGGAUGUUUAUUUUACGCGCUCCUUCUAUAAACACAUACUUGGUGUGAAGGUAACCUAUCAUGACAUUGAGGCGGUGGAUCCUGAUUACUACAAGAACUUGAAGUGGCUGUUAGAGAAUGAUGUGAGCGACAUACUCGACCUCACAUUUAGUAUGGACGCAGAUGAGGAAAAACACAUUCUAUACGAAAAGACUGAGGUGACGGACUAUGAGCUUAAACCUAGAGGAAGAAACAUACGGGUAACAGAGGAAACAAAGCAUGAAUAUGUUGACCUUGUGGCCGGACACAUACUUACCAAUGCUAUUCGGCCUCAAAUAAACGCCUUCCUGGAAGGCUUUAAUGAGUUAAUACCUCGUGAGCUCGUAUCCAUUUUUAAUGAUAAAGAGCUCGAGCUCCUAAUCAGCGGAUUGCCUGAGAUUGAUUUCGAUGAUCUUAAAGCCAAUACCGAGUAUACCAGCUACACGGCUGGAUCCCCUGUGAUUCAUUGGUUCUGGGAGGUCGUUAAAGCUUUUAGCAAGGAAGACAUGGCUAGAUUUCUUCAAUUUGUCACCGGAACAUCAAAGGUUCCUUUAGAAGGUUUCAAGGCACUGCAAGGUAUUUCUGGACCUCAAAGAUUACAAAUCCACAAGGCAUAUGGAGGUCCGGAGCGGCUGCCAUCAGCUCAUACAUGUUUUAACCAACUAGACCUUCCAGAGUAUCCAUCUAAGGAACAACUUGAGGAACGUCUGCUACUUGCCAUUCACGAAGCCAGUGAAGGUUUCGGGUUUGCUUGAACAAAUCCUUCAUUCUUUCGGUCUCCUCUGUAUAUGUAUCUUAGGAAGAUUUUCAGGCAGGAUCGAUAAUAAGGGAGACGGCGAGGAGCUUUUGAUAAAAAAAGACUGUAGAAUGAAUAGAAAACUCGACUGUUUUUUUUAAUCUGUCCAUAUGGUAUUUUUAGUAUUGGAAAGACCUUUUCUCUUUUGGAUUUUUAAAGCAGAAAUCUUUAAAAUAGAAGAAGAAAUUCUUUUAGACUUUUAA